AUAAGUGAGUUAAGGACUUUUAUGAGAGGAAAUAUUAUGUUGGGGCUUAAUAGCCAAAAUUUGCUAAGUGAGGGACUUAAAAGGGGAAAGAAUUUGGAUAAGGAUGGCUUAUUUCUUUUCUCCUUUUUCCUUCUUUCUCCCCAGCCAUUUCCCGAUUCUGCCCUUCUUCUUUUCUUCCCCUGCACCGAGCAAAAAAAAAAGAAAGGGGAACCCGGCACCAGCCUUUGAGAAACCGAUAGAGAGCUUGAUUUUUGGCCUUCUUUUCUUGUUCUAAGACUGAAAUGGAACCCAUAAAUCUUUCCCCCCUGCUGGAAAAUCCGGAUCUGCCUUGCUCUGCUCCUCACCGUCCGGCUGCUCCUGCUUUGUGCGUGUGAUUUGUUCGGUUUUUGCUUGCCGCCGGCCUCUUCCCCCCUGCAGCUCCGGUUUCUACAACUGGAGAAUUAUGGUUCCCGAUCGUUCUAUCAGUUAACACUGAGAUUGAGUGCUCGGUUUUAUGCGGGUGAGGUAAGUAAAUUUAUGGUAAUGCCCGUACUGUUUUUAAAAACAUGUUUUGAUUUGUUUUUGAAGUGGUGGCGAGACUAAACCCGUUUUACGCAAGUAUGACUGAUUUGAAGUGGAAUUUUUAUGCUUUUCAUUAAAUUGAGCAUGCCUACUUGAAAUUUAAGUGAUUGUCCUGAUGAUUUGAAAGUGAUUGGUAAAGUAUGAUUUUUUUGUUAACUUCUGCCUGUUUUGUCUCCGAUGUGGUCAUGCUAUUAGUGACCCUACUAGUGGGGGAGUUUAUAAACGUUAGCACAUGUUAGCACAUGUCGAUAUGUUAGUGAUAGAACCGGUUCGUACAAGUGGCCCUCCUAGUGGGGAUUAUACACUAGUAAAUCGUGUGCCUGCCAGUGGGAAGUUUAAUACACUGGCCAUGACCUAUAGAGGAGAUGUCUAUUUCGUUCCCGUACUGUAUCUGUUUUGUGUGAUUGCACAUGUUGGCAUGCUAUAAGUUUAAUAAGGGGUACUCCAUAUUUUAUUUAUUGAGUUUAUCUCAUAGUUUUUCCUUGUCCACCAUUUCAGGAAAUGAAAACCAAGAACGGGAAACCACGGGAAGUGACGAGUUAGAAAGCUAGCCAUUUCGAGAUUGAUAUAGACUUUAGAAAUAGAUCAUGAUCUUGUAAACUAGAGUGCAUUUGGAGAUUUUAUGAUAUCAGAGUAAAUUUAAAGAUUUGAUCUUCAGAUUUUGAUGGUAUCAAAGUGUGAAUUGAAUAAGUUUUGAGCCUUGUGCACUUGUGGGACCCGUCUCAUGAGUGUACGGCGUCUGCCACGUCCCGGAUUUGGGUUCUGGGGCGUGACAUUUAUGCAUCUUAUAAACUGACCUUUACAUCCUUAGAGAAGCAUGUAGUAUAUUCAACUUUAAUGAGGUGAAACUUUUCAUUCAUCCAAUGUAUAUCAAAUGAUUUAUUAGAUAAAUUUUCUUUAUCAAA